AUGACGGAUGAAAGCACAGUUCGGUGCCAUCUGAGUCACAGGACGGUGAAUAUAGGUCUUCUUCGCACAUUCCAGCAGUCACAAGCCCAAGGCAACUCUCCUUCAUUAUCUGAUGAUGCCAAAUUUCGAAUCUCUUCAGCCCGCCUUUUCAAACGAAAUUCAAGCCCUCUUUUCCCCUCAAACCCAGUGGUCGGCCCUCUUGAUUUGGCCAUCCGCGCUCUUCACGCCGGCCUGGCCGAUAUGGCAGCAAACGAAGACCACCUCGGUCUUCUCUUAACUUUAGCUCGUGUAGAGGCCGCCCGUUUGGGCACCAAAGCUGCACUCCGAAUCUAUUUCCGUGCGCUUGAAGUCUGGCGAGACGCUUUCCAGCCGGUCAGCUCUCGAGGCCCCACUUCCUCAGGGCUAUCCAGUCCACCAUCAAACCUCGAUCUCAGGUAA